CCCCAAACGGUCGAAUUUUGAAUUCCUUAAACUAGCACACUCUCUCUCCUCCCAACUCUCUCUCUCUCACUCUAAGCUUUGUGUUUGAAACCCGUAUCCAAGAUUGAACGAAAGUCUCCAUUAUUGAUUUCUACAUCUUUGAGAUCUCGAGUUUUAGAGCAUGUCUACCUCCCAAAGGGAUCCACUUUCGCAAGUGGAAACGACAUGUGGUACACUUCUGUAUGAAUUGCAGAUAAUAUGGGAUGAAGUGGGGGAAUCCGACUCUGAAAGAGACAGAAUGUUGCUUGAGCUUGAACAAGAGUGCCUUGAAGUUUACCGGAGAAAAGUAGACACAGCAAACAAGUGCAGAGCUCAGCUAAGGCAGGCAAUUGCAGAUUCUGAAGCGGAUCUUGCAGCUAUAUGCUCAGCUAUGGGGGAACGACCAGUGUAUAUCCGACAGCAGUCUGAGCAAAACUUGAGGGGCUUAAAGGCAGAACUCAGAGCAAUUCUCCCAGAAAUAGAGGAGAUGAGAAAAAGAAAGUAUGAAAGAAAGAAACAAUUUAUUGAAACGUUGGAGCAGAUUCAGAAGAUAAAAAACGAGAUUAAUAGUUUUGCUUCCCUUUCUACCUGCAUAGCAGUGGAUGAAAGUGAUUUAUCUUUAAGAAAGCUCGAAGAAUUGCAAAGAGAACUUCAAGCUCUUCAGAAAGAAAAGAGUGAACGACUUAAGCAAAUAAUGGACCAUCUAAGUACUUUGAAUUCUCUAUGCUUGGUGCUUGGUAUGGAUUUCAAGCAUACCGUCAAUGAGGUCCAUCCAAGUCUUGGAGAAUCUGAAGGAGCAAAGAACAUUAGCAAUGACACCAUACGAGCUUUAGUUGUAGAAAUCCAGAGAUUGCGUGAAGUUAAAAUACAAAGGAUGCAACAGCUACAAGAUCUUGCAACUUCAUUGUUGGAGUUGUGGAAUUUGAUGGACACACCAGUUGAAGAGCAACAAAUAUUUCAAAAUGUUACGUGUAAGAUUGCUGCCUCAGAAAUUGAGAUAACCGAGCCAAAUAUGCUCUCUUUGGAAUCCAUUGAUUAUGUUGCUAAAGAAGUAUCACGUUUGGAAGAUUUUAAAGCAAGCAAAAUGAAGGAGCUUGUUUUAAGAAAGAGAUCAGAGCUCGAAGAGAUCUGUCGGAAAACCCAUAUGCUCCCAAAUUCAGAUAUUUCUUUGAGUAUUAUUAUUGAAGCCAUUGAGUCAGGAGCUGUUGAUGCCACUAGUGUGCUUGAGCAGAUUGAGCUUCAGAUAGCUCAAGCGAAGGAAGAAGCUUUCAGCAGGAAGGAAAUACUUGACAAGGUUGAAAAGUGGAUGACUGCCUGUGAGGAGGAGUGCUGGCUUGAGGAGUAUAACAGGGAUGAAAAUCGCUACAAUGCUGGCCGAGGUGCCCAUCUUACCCUGAAGCGCGCUGAGAAAGCCCGUGCCUUGGUUAAUAAACUUCCUGCAAUGGUCGAGGGACUGGCAUCCAAAAUCAAGUCAUGGGAAAAUGAGAGGGGAAUUGACUUUCUUUAUGAUGGGAUUAGCCUUCUUUCCAUGCUUGAAGAGUAUCACAUUCUGCGGCAAGAAAAAGACCAAGAACGCAAAAGGCAGAGGGAUCAGAAGAAACUUCAGGGGCAGCUGAUAGCAGAACACGAGGCUCUUUAUGGAUCAAAACCUAGUCCAAUGAAGAACCAAAGCAAGAAAGGUUCUCGGCUGUCCUGUGGUGCCGUAAGUAACAGAAGGAUGUCUGUUGGAGGCAUGCAGACUCCCAAACCUGAAAUACUACAUCCCUCAAAAGCAACUCCUAAUACGCGCCAUGCCAAGAAGGCUGAGCAUGUACUUCAGUAUGACCAAUCAAACCUUUCUACAGCUGAUGAUGGGUUUUCAUCUUUAUCCACAGGUCGCAGAGGUUUGGACAUAGCUGGUCUUCCCAUGGUGCGAAAUCCUUUCUCACCAAUUUCUUCAACAGAUUCCUCUAGGUCCAACAUUUUGGAAGAACUCGACAGGAAACACAAUGUGAUGAUUCAGAAAACAAUAUUUACCACACCCGUCAAGACAAUUCCCCAUGUCAAAGAUGAGAACAGAACUCCCAUCCCUUCAACGCCAUCAACAGUGUGUAUUCCCAUGCAGACAGCUUUGACACCGGUCCCUCAUAUAUAUGGGAAGGGAGUGGAAGAAAUUGAAUACUCCUUUGAAGAGAGAAGGGCUGGAUUUUUUCUUCCAAUACUGUCUUGAUUCAUAGGGUCUUUUUUCCUGAUUUUAAUUUCUACUACGUAGCACUUUUUUUUUUGCAAUGUUUAGUCACUAAAUGCCAAUUGUAUUGGCGGCAUCUUCACAUUUGUCUCUGAAAAAUUGUGUGCUUUGUGCUUCAACAUCAUUAUGCUUUGAAGCACUUCAUCCAGCCAGCAGCAUGGGGGAAGACUGAGGAGCAGGAAAAAUAUCAAACACUUAAUUUAUUUUUCUAUUUUUUACUGUAGGGGGCGUCUGGGCGAGGGGGCUUGGAGGGCCUGGAGACUGGAGUAAUCAGGGCUGAAACUCACUCCAUUCAGUCUCGAACUCGAGACCUCCCAUAAGUGAGAGUGAGUCGGCGACCAGUUGGGCUGUACCGCUUCCUCCAAAAUUUCCAUCUAUCUCAAAGCAUUUCAUCGCUUUCCUUUUCUUUUUCUUUUAUGCUUAAAACGAAUUAAAUGAUCAGCUGACUCCUCCACAGCUUCACAAAUCUGACAUUUAGUCUCCACAUUCACCUUGCGUCUUGUUAGGUUAACAAGAUUUAGUAGAACCCCCAUCGUAAGUUGGCAAAAGAAAAACUUUCCUUUGGGGAAACAAGCACCGCAUUCAACAUAGACGGGUCCAGCCCCACCAUCCAUCUGGAUUUUCCUCCCCAACUAACCGCCUAUAGCAACUUUUAACAGUGUAUCUCCCCCUAGCAUCAUUAGCCCACCAGAAAUCAUUGUUAAUAGCAAUGAUAGUUAAUGGGUUUUUCCCAAAGGGAUGUACUUUCUAUUUCUCAAAAUAUGAUACUUUCAAACUUAUUUUCCCAAAUAGGGGUAUUUUUUUGCAAUCACCGUGCCACGUCAGCACUCCAAUUAAAUUCGAUUUCCAUGUCAUUUUAG